CGAGGCACAUGACUGAACUAUUGUCAAACUACAUGUACCAUGUGCAAUCAGCACCGCUAACCUGAUUUCCGCAUCAAGAUCCCAGGACUAAGCUAGCACUAUUAGCUACCCCGAGCACUGCGUAGACCGUACGGUAUUCGUUGUGUUUGCUAAUGAAUUAAGUCCCGCCACGACUACGCUUCAAGAUCUUGUCAGGCUCCGUUAGCGCCAUGGCCUUCAGCCUCAAAAAUUACCUGUUGUAUUCCCCGUAUUUUUGUUUCUGCAUACCAGUGCGAUUGGGAUUCGUGCUGUUGACUUGUCUGUCCUUCUUGUUUUCGGGUGUGCUAUCUGUUUUGGUGUGGUUUGAACUGUCUCAUUCGUAUUCAUUGACUAGCAAGGAGAAAUAUUCCUUUUGGUCUGUGGGUAUUGUAGAAACUGUAUUGCUUGCUGUGUCCAUCAUUGGGUUCAUUGGCGCAGUUGCACGCAAACAACGAUUUGUCGGGAUCUACGCGUAUUUCGUCUAUAUCCAUCUUCUCCUCAAUGUCAUUGUCGGCAUUUACUUCCUCGUUACCAUCCGCCAGAGCAACCGACAACAGAUAGUUGAUGAAUGCUAUCAUGCGCUCUCUGAAUCCAACUGUCAGAGCCUCAUGAAUGUCCCGACAUACGUUUUCAUCGUUGUUGUAUCAUUUGUAUUGCUUCUUGAAUUAUAUGGUGCUCUCAUCGCUACUAGAUAUUUAAACACACUCACAAAGCAGAAGAAGGUCGAGCACAGUCGCAGAUUGGGAUUAUACCAUUCAGUUGCCAUCAUCCCUCCCAGUUAUCCUCGUGAUCCAAGCAGCAUGUCUGAUGACAUAGAAUUGCUUCAUCCUCGGGAUAGUUCUGGCACCACUUUUUCUUCGCUUGGAGGUCCGUAUGAUUAUGGUGACGACAUUCUUGACAUAACGCAUCCACCUACAAGCUAUGAGCCUGUUCCGACACAUCACCCCAUUAUGCUUUCCCAUAACCAACAGCCAUCACAGUCGUCGAGCACUCCCGCCCAUCAUCAGCAGCCAUCCUACUCAAGCGUAUACCCUCCAUCCAGUACUCCUUUACCUUCACGAAGCUUCCGUGCACUCCCUCCUCGACCGUCGAGUAGUGUAGUUACUGAAAUUCCAGUAACACAUAUAUCACCACAAGUAUCAGAUCGAACGCCACGUGCGACAGCAACCACCUCUGACCCCCCGUCGAGCUUCCCGUACGAGAGCUAUGAUUCAUCAACGCAUCCGAAUGGUGACGUUGAUCGACGAUCAACGUAUUCUGUUUCUACAAGCGCACAUGCAGCAUUACUGGAACAUGCUUCAUUUAUGUGGCCAAGAUUCUCUCCACCAUCUAGUAAUGCUCCUCUAGUUCCGGAGUUGCCACCACCAUAUCGUCAGUUUGGGAGAUAGCAUGGACUCGAUGGAAUAAUUCCUCGAUCUACUUAGACUUUUAUUAUUGAUGCUUUUUAUCGCUACGACACACUGUAGUUUUGUUCUAUUGCACUUCGAUGGACAUUUUAGGCCAAUGCAUAUUUAUUUAUCUAUAAUCGACAGACAUCGAAA